UGCGCUAAUCAGAUGUGACACAGCAUUUAAGUGGCUGUAAAAGUUUAAGAAUUUUUCAGUAGUGACGUUCCUAAAUGGCGCAUAAAUGGUCCAAAAUUUGGAUUUGGUAAACGAAUUGAAGUGAUAUCAGUUGCACUUCGUUAUUACUGGCUAAGAAUUCUAUUUAAACCAUGCAAUAUAACUAUAUUAUUGCUGCCAGAAGGUUAUAAGAAUCCCCAGGAAGUCGCGACUACCGAAAGUCCAAUACAUUGAAGGAACUAGCGCGGAAGCUAACACAUGCACACCGUGCAACUCGUAAGAAACGGAUGAACGAGCACACAUACACAUGAGUUUCGGUUAAAUUGACCAUUGGAUCUUAAGAAGUUUGUUUACCUUCAGAAGAAGAAUCAGUUUUCCAAAAGAACAUAUAACGAACAAUGAUGUCCUAAAGCCCCGCCCCCGCGCCACUGUUGGGGGCGAUAGGCAUAUAUAAAAAGCAACUCAGACGCUUAACUCCACAGCGUAUUAUCUAGCAAAUGGCGAAGAAUACGAAUUCUAUUGGGUUUUUCUUGGCCAUCAGCUUGAUUGGAAUGCUUGUUUCGCAUUCCAAUCAAGAGACUCUGCCAUGCGCGCUGAAAGAGUACAGCACAGGACUCGUAUGUGUUUGCAAUUCUAAGUAUUGUGACUAUUUGGAUGAUCCGACGCCAAGCGAAGAAUAUGUUUUUGCUGUUGUCUCUUCGUCCAAGUCGGGUCUGCGCUUCGCGACGACACAUGGCCAGUUUAAUCUUUACAAAAAAUAUUAUAUUUUCGAUUACGAUCAACUCAUCGCCAGAUCUAUGGAAGCUCCGACUGCUGAGAGCAUUGAGAUAGAAGUUGACCGGGAGCAACGCUGGCAGAAGACUCAAGGCUUUAUUGGCUCGAUUUCCGACUCAAUAGAAAAUAUUUCAAAGAUGUUCCCAAGAACGUUGCGAAAACAUAUCUAUCAAUCCUUCUUUACGCAACACGGCAUUAACGUCGAUUUCAUUCGCGUUCUCGGGCUUGGCGUAAGCGAGAAGUAUUUAGAGGACUCCGAUCCCAUUUUUGGAUCGUGGGAGCGUGGUGAGAAAUUCGCACAAACCUUACUAAAAUACCUCAACACCGAUUCAAAUGAAACGGAACCGAUAAACUGCAACAUUUUGUUGGACUAUGAAGGUGGCGAUGCGCCAAUGAUUGCCAACACCACAAAUCACCUUGAGGUUUACAAACAACCGUUGUUCUAUACGAUGGGACAUUUCACAAAAUUCAUAGCCGGAGGUUCAGUUCGCAUUGCUGCUGAAAAUAAAAAUGAUAAUGUGGAUGUGGUGGCCUUUUUGAGAGCGGAUGAAAGCGUGGCCGUAAUCAUCCUAAACCGUAAUCCCGUUAGUGUUGAUGUUGGUAUUCAAGAUACCUACCGCGGAGCUGUUUUAUUCAAAAUUCCUCCACACUCGAUUCACACCGUUCUAUAUAUUUAAAAAUAAGUUAUAUAUAUUAUAUAUGUAUAUCGGUA